AAUAUAAAUAUGUCAUAUAAUUAGGUUAUUUUCAUCCGAAAGGACCGAAACUCAUAAAUCUGACUUUGCUGUUUCAAUAUCCGUGUCCAGAUUUCAAAGCUUUUCACGAUUUUUAUUCCGACCAGCAGCAGCUAUGUACGGCAUGAGAGGGGCAAUGUUUGGGAGCGGGGGGGUUUCGGACGGGUACGGGAUCGGCUCAAAGAGACCAAGAAUGAUGGAAUCAAAUCCCUACUUCGCAGUUGGCAGCGGUUCAAGCGGUGGUUUUCAUCCUUAUGGGGACUUUGGCCGUGGAUUUCACCACUCUACAUUUCCUGUUGUUCGCCUGAGGGGUAUUCCUUUUGACUGCACAGAUAUUGACAUCUUCAAGUUCUUUGAUGGGCUAGACGUUGUGGAUGUGUUGCUGGUGAACAAGAAUGGGCGAUUCUCUGGUGAGGCGUUUGUCGUGUUUGCUGCACCGAUGCAGGCUGACCUUGCUCUACAAAAAGACCGGCAGAACAUGGGGCGGAGAUAUGUUGAAGUUUUCCGGUGCAAAAAGCAGGAUUAUUACACUGCUGUGGCCUCUGAGGUGAACUACAAUGGGAUCCAUGAUAAUGAUGUCCGAAGGAGUCCUCCACCCCGAUCAAAGAGGUCACAAGACAAGGACCAAAUGGAAUAUACUGAAAUAUUGAAGUUGCGUGGCCUCCCAUUUUCUACCAAGAAGUCUAAUAUUGCCCAUUUCUUUAAAGAUUAUAAGCUGGUAGAAGAUAAAAUACAUAUAGCAUGUCGUGCAGAUGGAAAGGCUACUGGAGAAGCAUUUGUUGAAUUCAUCUCUGCUGAGGAAGCUAAAAACGCCAUGGCCAAAGACAAGAAGACAAUUGGAUCGCGAUACAUAGAGCUGUUUCCUUCAACACCAGAUGAAGCCAGACGAGCUGCAUCCAGGUCGAGGCAGUGACUAGGCAUAUAUACUGUGCUUGCUUUGCUGAAUUUGUGGUAUUAAUAUCUGGAUGUGCCAUCAAUUAUCUCUAUCUCGUCUCACUGGUGCAGUCUGCAAGAACUCUUCUGUCAGUUUCUUUAGAUAAGAUUUUGGGCAAAGAUAUUUGUAAUCUCUCCUUUCCAGAUAGUUAUUUUAUUAUAAAGUUACUUGAAAACUUUGGUAAUUUAUGCUUCAGUUUGUGCUUGUUUGGUCAA